UGACCAAUCGCGCGCGAGCCGUGCGCUUGAGCGGAUCGCGCGGGCGGCGCUGGGCCGCGCUCGCAGCCUGCGGACUUUCCUGGCGGGCGCCCCCCGCCGGUCUCCCCUUCGGCGGGAGAGGGGGGCGGAGGUUGGUGGUACAAUGGCGAGCGGCCGGCGACGUCAAAAGCACUCGUCCUCCACCUCGUCGUCGUCGUCAUUGUCGCCGCCGUCGUCGCCCGCCAUCUCCAUGCGCGACAUGGGGCGGCCGCGCGGCGCGGAGAGGGCGGACGGGGCCGGCGCGCGGCCUCACGCCGUGGUGCGAGGGGACACCCUGGCGGGGCUGGCGCUGCGCUACGGAGUCACGACGGAGCAGAUCCGCCGGGCGAACCACCUCUUCGCUAACGAGUCGCUCUUCCUGAGAACCACGCUGCUCAUCCCGGUCCCGGGGCCUCCCGACUGUCCAGACAACGGCAACGGCGGCGGCGGCGGCCGCACCGCCGAGCCCCUGGCCAACGGUGGGGAAGGUACCGCCGGUGCCGCCGGUUCCAACGGUACCGAAGGUCCCAUCGGUGCUGCCGCUCCCGCCGGCACGACCUUCGCCGCCGGUACUGGUGGCGGAGGCGGGAGUGGAAGCGGCAGCAAUGGCAGGGUGGAGGCUGCACGCGAGGACGGGCGUCCGGACGCGGCGCCGGACGACGAGGUGACGGCCAGCGACUUCUUCAGCCGCAUCGACGCCCGGCUGGAGAGGACGCGCGCCAACCUGGGCCACGGCGGCGGUCACAGCAGCCCCGCCGUCACGGCCAAGCGCGGCGCCACCGCCACACCAUCCGGCGGCCAAGCGAGGGCGUCCCCUGGGUCGGCACGUGGCGGCGGCGGCACUAGCGGGGGCGGCACCAGCGGGGGCGACAGCACGGGGCUGCUCGAGGUGGACGACGAGCUUAUCUUCAGCGACGACCAUUUCGGACGUUUGGACUUCCACUCCCAGCAGCAGCAGCAGCAGCGAGCGCAUCACGAGCCCACGGCGUAGGAGCGCGAGCGACGCCGCCGUGGCGAUGGAGGGGAGCCGCCGUGGCAAGCGGCAGCGGCGUCGGCGUGCGCGGAGGCCCUCGGCCAGCGGGCGGCGGUGGCGGCUGAGACGCCGGCGGCGUGCGCCGCGACAACCCGUCGCGUCCCCGGCGUCGUUCCGUAACCGCGUCGUGGCGCGGACCGAGGUUACGUCGACCGUGGCGGUGCGGUGGCCGGCUCGGACGAGCGGUGACUCCGGCCGCAAUUGACGGCGCAGAUGGGAAGCGGAUGGAACUACAACUUGAUUGUUAGUGGCGUGGAGCGAGAGAGAUACUCGCCUCUAAAACAAAAUAAUGCGGCGGUUUGGAUGCCCGUCUUAGAAACAUCCUUUUGAGAAGUAAGCGGACUUAGUGGCAUUUAGUUUGUGGCGGAAUUUUAGGCCCGCAGGUAGACUCGUUUAUCGUCGCAGCAAUACCUGUCUGUGGUAGUGAGCACUUCCCUACGGCGUCGAGCCGCCAACUCCCGUGCGACUCGUCCCAAUCUCGAUGUGGUUUAUACCGUGCCUCAGUGUGGUUAUACCGUGUCUCAGUGUGGUUAUACCAUGCCUCAGUGUGGUUAUACCGUGUCUCGAUGUGGUUAUACCGUGUCCCGUGUAGCGUGUGCGUCGGCGCGCUCGUUUACACGGACGCUGUGCACGUGCUAACACAUGCACGUGUGCGUUGGCGCCUCGCUGUGACGAGCGCUGACCGUCGGCCGCUUGAGCGGUAGCGCCACCGCGCUCAGCUGGGCGACACAAACUCUGAGCCCACGGGGGCGACCGGUAACUGACGGGUGACCGUUUGGCCGACGGUUGACGGAUUGACGGUUGGCUGUUUAACCGGCGGACGAUUGUUUUGACGGUCGAGCGGUGGACCGACCGACUGCUGUAAGUGACGCACGAAGCCUGACCAAAGAUGGAGGGACGUGGGUUCCGCUUGGCGCCGCUCGCCAACGCCCGACCCUGCGACUCGCUGACCCCAAACUUCGACCUAAGCCUCGGCUUCCGCGAGCGUGGGUACUCGCGCGAGUGCGUGUCUGCGUGCUUAAGGGUUGUACGCGGAGCGGUGGGGCAGUGGUUAGCGCAGCGCGCCACCAAUGCCGACGCCUCGGUCACGGCCAGCGUCGGUCGCGAGUGAUCUCUGAACCGGCCCUGGGCCGUCCCCAGGGUCAGCGUCACCUGAAACGAGUCCCUGCUGCACCGUGUACGCGUCAGCACUGGGAGAGACGAGGGUGGCCAGGCGUGGUGGCUUGGUCACACUGGACUCGGCCCUGAUAGUGUCUCGCUAGCGAGACAGAGGGGCAUGUUGUGUGUGUGUACGUGCGUGCGUGUAUGAUCACACUACAUAUAUUUAUUUGAGAGGGCGUGUGUGUGAGCGCGUGUGAGCGCGUGUGGUUAUGUUUGGUUGGAUGUGAAAGCGUGGCCACGCUUGCACGCGUGUGGAUUUUUCUCCGAGUCCUUCGGUGUUUUUUUUUCCCCCUCCACAUUUAGAAACAUGCGUUGAGAUCAUUGGCUGCUAUCAAUAUCCACAUGGUCUGCCGCCACUUCAUUCAGCUGUCAUUCGUGAUGGCCAGGUCACUUCUGUGGAAGAGCUACGUAGCUCAGUGGCGCCUUACCUGAUCAAAUGAAAAAAUUGUUUUAAAAAAAUCGUUUAGUUUAUCGUAAUGAGUUAACGAUUGGGCUUAUUUAUUUUUUCCCGUGGCCCUCUUUAAAACUCUCCUCCUUGUAUGAGCACAGAGCAAUUCCGCCUCUCACACUCCGCCCCAGAGAACGCACUUACUCAUAUCGGUACCGGAGAAGCGAUGAUUUGCGUGUUCACGUGCGUCCGCUCCGCGCGGCGCGGGCAUCGUGUUCACGUGCGUCCGCUCCAUGUGACGCGCCCGCUCGCUCAACUCGCGUUGAUUUUGGAAAACUCGCGGCGCGUUCCCAUCGCCAAAAGGCGGGGGGGGGGGGGCACCCCUUUUGGCACGAGGGAACGUCACGCGCGUGUCAUCCUGCCGACGAGCCGUUUUCAUGGCAGGUCGGUUUUAGUCGCGCGCAUGAACAAACCCGCAACCGCCUCCGUCCCGGAUGUUAUCCACCGAACGAUCUUUUACGGUCGGAUUAAGCCGCCCCCCGCCGCCAUGCCGCAAUGUUCAAGUUGUUUGACCAUACUUGACCGCGCUGAUCGGUGCGGGUUGGUGGUGGGGAUUGCUGGGGACCGGUCCGCGCGUAUCGCUCGCCACCGCGGCUCGUUGGGAUUGAACCCUCGGGUCGCUGGGCUGCCCGGCGCACUCACUCCUGCGCCACCGCUCUCUCCCCCCCAUUCGAGUCGUCUUAAACACAGGAUGUAGGUACCGGUUUUGCACACUUUGCUGAAGGGCGUCACACCAUGAAAUCUUGGACUAUUUAAGUACGGUGUAAUUUAUUGAAAACGUCGCGGUGUUUUAGGUUUUACAGAAAGACCGAUAUAUUUUGGCAUUAAGUGGGAUUAACGUCACGUGGUCGCGCUCCGCUCGUGUCACCGACGCUCGGAGACGCUCACUGAGCACACGGGAGCAUCUUCACCGUCGUCACCAUCGUCGUCACCAUCGUCAUCAUCGUCGUCUUCAUCAUCACCGUUAUUGUCACCAUCGUCGUCAUUGCCUUGGUCGCCUCCACGGGCUCAAACACGGCCGUUGUCGCCGCUUCACGUACUCCGUUCGCUCGAGACUCGUUCACCCAUCGGCGUUACUGCGCCCGGCGCUCGCUUCACGUCGGAAAGAGACGUACGGCACUUCUGCUCUGAAGAUUGAAGCGGCUUUAUGCGCACGUGUGUGUACGUGUGCGCGUGCGAACGUGUUGAAACGAGAGGCGGUCAAAAGUGUUUUGAGAACGGGACGCACCUGCUACCCAUCAUUGCGUCCUUGCGACACGUGGUCGUGCGACGAGUACGAGUUAGUUUAUUGAGAAAAUCAAAGCACCAAUGUGUGAAUGUCGCGAAGCUGGCUCCUUUCGCAACAAAUGUACAAAGGGGCGAUCGGUGAGUCGAGACUUAAGGCAGUUACGGUUAUAUUGAAACGUCAAUAUUAGUCUGCUUUCAUCAUCAGCCCGUCCUCAAACAUUGUUUUGAUCGCCCCUCAAAUGUGUUUGCACGCACACACAUGUACGCACACACACACGCGCACCUACACACACACAAAGGCAUACGCGCAAACACACGGGCACGCGAAUAUAAAAAACACAAAUUAUUUGGACUCUGCGGUGCCGACUUAAUUCAUUUUGGGCCCUGCAGCCAUUCAAUCCCCCCGGACCUCGCGACCCCGCACAGCAUGGCCCAGAUGGCCAUCGAGGUUCACGGUUCGGCUCCAGCGGGCCGCCCCGGUUACUGCCGAGGCGUCGACCGCGGUGCGGCGCCAGAGCGCGCGCGGUGCGCCGCAUUCACCGUGGAGGUUGAAAAGAUCUCUUGGAUGAGGUCAUCGGCGAGGUCGUCCGGGAGAGAGCAAGGGGGCCCGUGGUGUGCCGGCCACCGGGGGGGGUGCAACAUUGGCCAGGUCGACACCGCGAGAGACUCGGUCGGGAUUGUCCACCGCGGCGAUCAUCGCACCCCGCCCCCACUGGCACACUCAGGCCCCCAGCUCACUCUGACAACUGAGACUCACAUCCUGGUGGCGGGAGUUCUCACCUGGGCACACAGGUGAUUCAGCUUGAUACGUGAAGCAGCCCACACGCCACGAACACACAACAGUGCUGUAGACACAACACAGUACUCACUGCACACAACAGCACACACUGCACACGCAACACUCACACGUGUUCAUACGCACACGCGUCGGCUCGUGUGUAUGUAGUGUGUGUAUGUAGUGUGUGUGUAUGUAGUGUGUGUGUAUGUAGUGUGUGUGUAUGUAGUGUGUGUGUAUGUAGUGUGUGUGUAUGUAGUGUGUGUGUUGAGCUUUCGCACCGUACGUAGCCAACCGUGCUAAUCGGAGGUUUGUAAGAGUCCACCAUUACCACCCUUACCCCCCAUUACCCCCCACCCCAAUUACCACCUCCCAUUACCACCCACCAUCCUCCCAUUACCCCCAUUACCACCCUUACCCCCCAUUACCCCCCACCCCAAUUACCACCUCCCAUUACCACCCACAUCCUCCCAUUACCCCCAUUACCCCCAUUACCCCCCACCCCAAUUACCACCUCCCAUUACCACCCACCAUCCUCCCAUUACCCCCAUUACCCCCAUUACCCCCCACCCCAAUUACCACCUCCCAUUACCACCCACCAUCCUCCCAUUACCCCCAUUACCCCCAUUACCACCCACCCAACAGCUCUGGGGAGGGGGAAUGCUCCACCUGCACCACCUGCACCCCCUCGUGGUGGUUGCUCAUGUGUGUUCGCUAACAGCACUUUGCCCAAAAGUACAUGAAGGUUUUACGGGGGGUCUUUGUCUUUGGUAUUUAAUCGGCUCUCGUGAUCCGGCGGCCAAUGUCGGCCGCCCUACCUGCAACAAAAAUGCCACGGAGAUCAUUGACGUCUUGAUGGAAUCGUCGCCCACGAUUGUCACACCUCGCCUCAAACCCGUUCGCCGUAAUUGCGUAACGUUUAUUUACAUGAGAAUUGUUUCCCGCAUAAUUAUGUCUCGCGCAUAUUCGCCCGGCGAGUCACCCACGAAGCGAAUUCGAGGAAGGGGAGAUCCACCCCGAAUGUGGGCAACUCCGGCCCGGGGUGCCGCAACUCGCCGUGCCAACCAGAAGGAAUUCCCCCAAAUCUCACCCCAAAUCUCACCCCCAAAUCUCACCCCCAAAUCUCAUCCCCAAAUCUCCCCCCUCCCCCAUCCCAGAACUGAAUACGGAGCAACCGACGACGCUGUCAGUUCGAUUCAGAGAAUAUUUAUUGAUCUUGGAGGAAUCCGAUGAGCCGCAAAGAUCUUGUGCAGAGAGAUGUCCCGGGUCAAAACCGACGAACCAAUGGCGGAGCCAGGAUUAUCAGGUAGGGGGGGGGGGGCAACCCCUCCAGCUAUGAAAAAUGAAAGGAGUUGUUGUUAGUAAGUAAGGACUUGUCCCUUGCUUUUUAUUCGACGCGUGUGCGGCGAUGGCGCAGCCAUCGAUCGAGGGUCGAAUUCGAACCGCGUUGUGUGAUCGGAAUCGCGCUCGCUGAAGGUGUUGAUGCCUUCAGGGAAGUCGUGUGCUGUAUACGCAACUGCGCACAAUUCUGUGAGUCACUUAUAACUGCUUUGCCGUUACUUUUGCCAAUUACGGACUCAGACUAUUGUCCUAUCAUCUCAUAGAGUCCCUGGCACGUAAUAAUAUGCUACACAGUGGCAGUGGGGGUCACAAUUACUAAUAAACCCUAAUGAUCCGAUCGAAAUUAGGGAUUUCGAUCGGAUCAUUGGGGGGGGGCACGUGCCACCCCACCCCCCCUACUGACUCCGCCAGUGCGACGAACCCGCGACUCCCUGCCCCGCGCAGCACGCCGAGUCUUGGGCCACACAGCCGUCCGUUGUGAAUGAACUGCAAUAACAACAACAGUCGUAGUAGUAGUACAGUGCUCGGCGUAAUAAUCAUAAUGACGACGAUGAUAGAUUUUUACGAAAAGUGCACAAACUAUUUAAAGUACUUGGGGGAGGGGGGGGGGGCGUCACGUGGCUCUUCACUCGGGGUUCGCUCUCUGACCGCGUGUGCGAUUAACCAAUGAGAGAGAGAGAGCGCGAGGGAUGAGCUUGUGGGGGUUUGGGCUGUGGGUUGUCCACGCCACUGCUGCCGCAGGGUGACCACCUGCAGGCAGUGCCGGGGACAGAGGCCCUGAGGCGUCCGUGCCGCCCUGGGCAGUCACGUGGAGUUUGCUGUACCGAUCCGUUUAUAGAUACUCCAAAAGUGAGCUCCUGGCUCAAAUGUGGAUUGGCGGCGUUGCUGCUGGUCUCCCGUUUACAGCCCUGCUGAGCCAGUGGUGGAUACUCCACGUUCACAUGGCGGAGGAGAGUAUAUCCAUAGGACGGCCACGGUUGACUUGCCCACAAAGUGGAUAAAAUAUCUUAUCGACCCCCGAAAAAUGAUGGGCCAAAGACAACCCCCACCUGGAUGUGAACUUGGCCAGCCUUCAGAUUGCGGGACGCUCCCUCUACGCCUGCACCACGUGGUUGGCGAUGUUGACCGCAAUCUGCAGAACUCGUAUCGAGGUCCUCAUUUUAAUUGUAGUUUAAAGCCUCGCCACGCCUCCCAACGAACCUCAAUCCUCACAAGCCCGCGGCUAGCAAGCCAUGAAGGAAGCCCUCUCAAAUCUCAAUGCUGUUCGCUUGCAAACUCGCGUUAAACACUUGUGUAGAAUUGCGGAGCUGUCGCCCGAGUCGCCGCAGCAGUCGCUACGACCGUUCGAGCGACGUUUUCGGAAUUCGAGCGUUUGCCGGGGACCCACGAGCCCCAAGGCAGGCCGCCCUGCUGCCCAACAGGCAGGGCCUGCAGCACCCGGCUGGGCGCGGGCCUUCACUGGGGUGGUGGGGCCCACGGUGGACCGUACGUAGAUGGCCCCUGACGGACACGCAUCAGCUGUUGGAGGGUAAAGUCAAGAUGGUCAUCAGAUAGCAGCGGGGUAUACAGGGUGCAUGUGCAUUAAAUUUGUUUUUAACACUUCUGAGAAUUUGCAAUAACAGCACAAUAAACGCUGCGACUCCGGGCUCUGGAGACCACCUGGAGAAGACUCCAGGGCAUGGUUUGACAACGAUGGCGAACAAGUGGAGGACUUUUUGAAGCUAAUAACGUCACACUCGUCAUCAUGUCACAGUGGUACAUUGAAAACCAUGGUCCCGUAGUCAGUGUCCACAUCUCGUCUGAAGCGCCCUGGGCGUGUGGAUCACGCCCCGACCGCGGUGUCUCCCUCCCGUGCCCGCGUGCGCUGCGGACCCCCCCCCCCCCCCCCGGGAUGUUCCCAUCUCCACCCCCCGGGAUGUCUGGGAAGUGACGCCUGACCCCCCCGCCCUCCCCCCCCUGCUCCUCGCCCUGUUAUCAUUAUCGAUGAUGUCCGCGUGUUUAGACAUCGUGUGAGUGACCGCGGCCCCCCUCCCCAAUCCCCCAGGCCCCCCUCGCGUUUACGGGACCCCCUGAGCCCCCUUGUUUGUAUCAGCGGGGGGGGGGGGGGGGGGGGGCUGCGCUUGGCAGGGUGUGGGCCGUGUCACGACUGCGAGCUCCGGACGCCGCCGUCACCGCCACUCGUCUCGACCCGGGCUUGGUUCGUUCGCUCUCCUCUCGCCUGUGGGGUCUUUCGUUUCCUUGUGAGGCGCUUGGAUGUGUGCUCAAAGCAAAGUGCCAACGACAGUGCUUCCUCGCGUGAACCCCAGUGCUCUUUGACCCACCAGUUUCCUACGUGACUCCCAGCUGAUAUGAGAUUAAAACAAACCCAAGUCUUCACCCUGA